CCCUGCCCCUCCCCCCCACCCACUGCACAGGCCCCAAUCACCAAGGAGCUAACCAGCCGCCCGUGGUAGUCGACUGCACAACACAGCACAGUCUUAUCGUGGUGCGCUUGUGUGUUCAACAGAGAGAGAGAGAGGGAGAGCCAUAGUAGCGCCUGCGCCGUUACAACGCUGGGAGGAGUAGGAGUGUGAUCCCUGUGACCUGAGUUCCGUGUGACCCCGAGACCCCCGCCAUGGCCCUGAACAAUGUGCUGGUGUUGUCCCAGGUCACCACAUACCUGCUGACCCUCCUGCUGGCCCUGUGCAUCAUCAUCCCCAUCUCCUUCCACCUCAACGACUUCAAGGGCCACUGCCUGUUGUUCAGCAAUGGGACAUGGGGUGAGACAGGCCAGUUCAAGGUGGCAUGGGCAUCCCAGGCAUUUUGUGACUACAACCUGGGCUGGGCCGGUGUGUCGCUGCUCAUCGCACUCACACAGAUUUACCGCUUCGUGGCACAGCUCUGCCGCGGCACUGAAAGUACGUUUUUGAGUGCAUUCUUCGAUGUGGUGAUCAGCCUGGUGAUGGCACUUGCCGCCCUUGUUGGUGCUCUCAUUAUCACCGUUGGCUACCAGACCUGGUGUAAUGCUAUCAUGAUGAGAUUUGAAGCCUGUGAGGACGCCACCAUCAACACCAUUGACAAGGAGGAUGGCAUUGAUACCAAGAUGUUCUACACCCAGUUUGGCACAGCUCAGUUUGGUGCUUGGACCUCUUGGGUGUGCUGGGUUGGGCUUUCCAUGUUCGCAAUGCUCAAGCUGUGCAAGUACCACCAGCAAGAGAAUAUUCGGGUGUCCAUGGCCAGGGAACGCGCCCGUCUGGUUUCCGAUCGUCACUCCCAGCUGAGUGGAUGAUUGCGGGAUGAGUGGGCGGAUGAGCGGACGGAUGUUUACUAAGCCGUCACUCCCUCCCACUUAAGCUCCUGCCGCCCUUUGUCUGACUGUGUGGAAGUUUUUAUUAUUAACCUUUUUUUAUUUUAGUGUUAGUUUCAUGUCUUAUAAGUUAGUAGUCCCCCCCCCCCACACACACACACACAUACACACACACACACACCAGUCCACUGUUGAUAACAUAUAGUUUAUCCUCAAGACCAGCUUUAAUUAAGUAAUCACCGUCAGCAGUAUUCCUUUUUAGUUUAGAGGUCAGAAGGCAGCACUUGUCAGCAAUUCCUAUUCCUAUACAAUAAUUCAAGCUUUUAUAUCAUUAUUAUUUUCGUUAUUGUUUGCCAUAUUUUUUGCUAUACCAUUUGACACAGGUGUGUUAAUAAAUGCACUAAAUUGAUAGCUAAAUACAAUUCUCUCUCUCUCUCUCUCUCUCUCUCUCUCUCUCUCUCUCUCUCUCUCUCUCUCCAAAUGUGUGAGUGGAUUCAAGAGCCAAGUGAAUGGUGUUUGUGAAAAGUGAAUUUAAUCAUGUCUCAAAAUACAUGUACAGGCUGUAAAGAAAAAUUCAGCAGUCUUAAAGCAUAACAACUCAUAUCACACCAGAUGCAGGAUUCCGAAUAGAUGCCUUAGCCAUGGCACAAUGUUGGUGAUUAAAGAACGAGGGUGUUGCCAUAGCAUGAGUGUUGUUCUUGAUACUGUGUAAGGCACUAAUGUAGAUAAAAUCCUGUACAUAUUAAUGUAGGAAUGAUAUGUGUCAAAGCACAGCUCGGCAUCAGACCUCCGGAUGUUUAACGACACAUAGCUGCUUAUAGCCGUGAGAAGAGAGUAUUGCUGACAGUAGAAUCAGCACAGCUCAGCAUCGGACCUCCGGAUGUUUAACGACACGUAGCUGCUCAUAGCCAUGAGAAGAGUAUUGUUGACAGAAUCAGCAUCAGAAGGUCAGGAGCUCCAGUGAGUCAUCACCGGAAGAUGAAUCCCACCGCUGCCACCAUUUAUGCCGCAAGUUUUAUGUGCGUCGCUGGCUCGCCGGAAGCAUUCAUCUUCCAGUGAUGACUCGCUGGAACUCCUGACCUUCCAGUGCUGAUUCUUGCUGAUUCUACCAUCAGCAAUACUCUCUUCUCACGGCUAUAAACAGCUACUUGUCGUUAAACAUCCGGUGGUCCGAUGCUGAGCUGUGCCUCGACACAUUUUCCUACAUUAAAAUGUAGGGUACAGGAUUUUAUCUACAUUAGUGCCUUACAACUGGUUGGAACUGAUUACAGUGAUUGCUGCAGAGAAUAUGAGAGUGAAGGGUGCUAAGUAAUUCUUUAUAGCCUGUACAUCGCAAACUAAAAGCAAUUGUACUGUCUCAGUCAGUGUUUCUUUUAAUUGUUGGUAUAAUUGUUACAUAAGCCUUCUCAAAAAACACACACACACACACACACACACACACACACACACACGACACUGCCCAGUAGCUCAGUGGUUAGAGCGUCUGCCUCACAACCAGAAGGACCGGGGUUUGAUUCCCCGACCGGGUGAAGAUAAGUUGGGUUUAUCUUCUUUCACGUAUAGCCCCUGUUCACCUAGCAGUGAGUAGGUAUGCAACGUAAGGCAAGGAGUUGUGACCUCGUUGUCGCAGUGUGUUUGUGUGAGUGGUCUCAGUCCUCCCCAAAGAUCGGUCACUGAGCUCCGAGCUCCUUCCAUAGGGGAACGGCUGGCUGUCUCAAGAGAGACCCACAGCAGAGCAAGAGGUAAAUUACACCAACAAACACACACCACACAAACACAUAUUCUUUCCCUUUCCCAUACAGGCAUUCUCUCUCUCUCUCGCUCUCUCUCUCUCACACACACACACACACACACACACACACACAUUUUUCCCAAGAAUUACAUAUCAACUUUUUAUUGUCUGAACUGUCAGAAUUGUGUAUUCACUGAAAGAUGAUAUUUGUGUACCAAGAUUUUGUGUAAUGUCCCAAAUUUUGUGUUAGUUUGGAGGAAGAAAAUGAUACUGAAUUCUCAACAUUUAGUGUGUUAUGUACUCAUUUAAAAGUCAGUGUUUCACAAAAGUCAACCCCCAGAGCUAAUGAUAUGUUCAGUUGAGGGAUAAAUUUAAUCCCCUGAUAAAAGUUGUAUUAAUCAUUGUAGAAGAUUUGGUUACAGUGCUCUUCCAGAGUUUAAAAUUAAAAAUUUGGGGAUACUUCUAACUUAUGUUAGGACAUUGGACAGUAUAGACAUAAGGUAGAGAAGAAAGCAGCAAGGUCAUGAGGAGAUGGCAAGUUCAGAGGAGCAGUUGACAUGACAGUGUUAAAAUACAGCCAUUGAAGCAAUAGUGCAGUGAACUUUAAGGAGUGAAAGACAGUCAAUAAAAGGAGGGAGUUGAUGAGGCCAUAGAAGUAAUCAGAGUAGUAUUUGUAAUAGUAAUAACCCCUGAAAAAGUAGUAUCCCUAUAAAAGUUAAUCCUCUGAACUUGACUUUAAAAAGUGUUGAAUAUUUUGACUUUUAUAUGAGUAUAUACAAAUUUUCAUGUGGGACGAAGAGAGAAAUCUGGUUGUUAUUUAGCAGGAGUAGGCGGUCUUUUUCGUAGACACAAGGAUUAAGGAUUUUUUUAUCUGUGCAAAAUUUGAUGGUUUUACUCUGCAGUUUUUUCUUUGAAACCAAGUAGAAAUCUGACUUAGUAACACACCAACUAUCAAACCUAUCUUGCAUAAGGUGUGGUAAGCUAUCCUCACUAAUUUAGCAGUGUAUCACCACUAUAUUAGUCACCCUAUUGCUGUAAUGGCCCCAAGAUGCAAAUAUAGACUGUCAGCCACAGGGAUCCCUUUGGUUCGAUGCCAAAGUAUUCUCCUCUGGUCUUGGGGGACUAGGUUCAAAUCCCAAGCUAAAUAAUUGGGAAAAAAUGUAUUCUACGGAAUAAAUCAACUUCUCGUGCAUUUUAUGACACUGAGAUGUUGUGUGUAAUGAUGGGAAGUGUCUCCCAUUAGACUGGUGGCAGCAAUGACAUCAUCCUGUUGUUGUUAAUUUCCCAUGUGUCAGAAACAGGAGUAUUGAUGGCCCAGUCUAUCAGAGGAGUAGAAAAUACAAGAUGAGGAACUUAAAUAAGAAAUACACAAAUUAAUUUAAAUGGGAGAACUAAGCUAUAUAAUGGUCUUGAGAUGCAGACAGAUGUAGACCUCAAAAGGCCUUAUGCCAUGGAGGAUCCCUUUGGCUCAGGGCUGAAGUGGCUGCCUCCUGUCACGGGGGGGCCUGGGAUCGAAUUGCGGGCUGAAUUACUUAUUCUCCUAAAGAGAAAAACUUCUCGUGUUUCAUGACACCGAGAUGUCAUGUGUUAUGGGAAGUGCCUCCCAUUAGAUUGAUACUAAAUAAGGUAUAUAAUCUUUUGCCUCAAAAUUACGAUCAACCCCCAAAUUAGUAAACCUAUCUCCACCAACUUUGUAACCAAACUUUAUUCAAAUUAGUAACCUAAUCCUAUUGAAUUGGAGACCUGUUGCCAGUAUAAUAGUAACCUAUUGCCACUAAACAAAUAACCUUUCCUCAAGUUAGCAACCUAUCACCAUUAAAUCCGUAACAUAUUGCCGUUGAAUUAGUAAGCUACAACCAUCAAAUAAAUAAUCCAACACCAUUGAAUAAGUAACCUAUCACCAUUAAAUAAGUAAUCUGUCACUGAAUUAGUAACUAAUCACCAUUAGACUUGCCCAUUGCCAUGAAUUAGCAACCAAUAGCCAUUAAAUUACUAGUGACCUAUUCCCACUGAAUUGGCAACCCUUUAUUACUAAAUUACAUAUUCAGCCCUAUGAAAUUAGUAGUCUAGCCCCAUCAAACCAGUACCUUAGCCUCAGCGUCAUGGCAGUUCAGGUAAAUUUGACUUAGGCCGCACAGACAGUAAAUUUGAGCGUGGUGGCCGCCUACUCCUCAUUAAUAUUACCCCAAAAUUGUUGUGAGAUAUAUUAAUGUGAUAGUGUGGUUCUAGUGGUGUUGUGUGGAGAUGGUUGUGGUGGUGGUGGUGCUAGUGAUGCUUUGAUGUUGAUGAUGAUGUGGUGUUGUGUGUGUGGCCAUUGUCUUCCAGUUUGUUUUUUUCUGAUUUUUCCAAUGUCUUUUCCUCAGUUGUAAAGUAACAUGUAUUUUUCUUCUUUCCUUGUCGUUCAGUAUACCUUAUUUUGUAAUUCAUUUCUUGUACUUUAUUCAUUCAUUUCUUCCUAUUGUUUACUUUCCCUACUUUCCACUUUUUUAAGGUCAAUUGUUCUUUUUCUGUUUUCCCCCCAUGUUUUUUUCUUCUAUUAUAUCUUCCUCUUUCCUAUUAUUUUCCUUUUUUUUUUCAAACAUUUAAGUUUUUAAUUUCUUUGUCUUUUUAUACACUCCUCCUUUUCUCCAAAUAUUUCCCUUCCUUUUCUUGCUUUAUUAAUUCAUUUGUUUUCUUAUCCAAGAGCAUCAUUUAUCAUGUUUCUCAUUUCUUCUUCCCUGAUUUCCCAUGUCUUUUACCCUUUUCUUUUUUUUUUCUUUUUUUUUUUUUUUUCUGGCUCUCUCUCAUUGCCUCUGUUCCAUUUUUCAUUAUUUCUUUUCCCCCUCUUGGUAUUUCUUCCUUUCUAAAUUUUUCCCUUUCUAUUUUCUAACUUACUUUUUCCUUAGUUCCUUUCCUAAUUUGCCUUCCUUUCUUUGUCAUAAAAAUUAAAAGAAAGGAGAUUUGGCAUUUAUGAUAUUAGCCAAACAUAUAGAAUUAGUUAACAUUUUUUGCUUGUAUUAUUAUUAUUAUCUCAUCCUCAGUUUCCUUAAAUGUAAGAUUACUACAUACUUCCUCAUUGCCAUUUUUCCUAUCUAUAUUUAACUUGCCGCCAGCAAGUGAACUUGUUACAUAAGCUCCACCCUUGUCCUUGAGUUGUCACAAAUUGGUCAAGGUAAUUUUUCCUGUUUUCAGUAGAGAUGACCUGGACUGUUAAAAUAAUCCCAUAAUUAACACUGUUUACUGUUAAGGAACUCCAUUUUUUCAGAUAUUGAAAGCAUCUGACAAAAUCCACUCAUACCCACUGAGUCCAGUAUAAACAAACAAGCCUCCAUACAUGUGAUGCUUUCACAGGAAAUUACUGAGAACAAAGUUAUUACCACACUGAUAACAAUGGUAAUGAAGACAUCCUAGUGGUAAUAAUAAAAGUAGGCAACAAAGUUAAAUGUGACAUCCAUAAACUGACAGGGGUACUUCAGACUUGCAUUUAGAGACUACUCCUCCCCCAAAUGAUCCUUUAAGUUGAAAGUAAAUUGUCUGCUUAUGUAAAAGUUCCUCUCAAUCUCCCUCCUGCUUGAUUUAUGAAUAAACCGGAAUGUGAGUGAGGCUGAAACACACACUGGGCUUCAUGUCUCUUGUUGUAGUGUACACUCCUACUGAGAUGUGUGAAACUGAAGAGAAGGUGUUCUAUGCCAAACUCGAUUCCGUGUUAGACCAGUACCCCUCAGGACACACUCAUUGUCCUGGGCGAGUUCAGUACUGUUGCUGGCACUGAGAGGGUUGACUGCGAGCUAUGUGUUGGUCCCCAUGGUCCUGGUACCUGGGACAUCAACAACUCUCUCCUGAAUUUUGUCCUGAAGAUUGAGAAUUAUGGGUUCUUGGUUGCAAAGACCAGAGCUGCACCACUGGACUUGGUAUAACAAUGCUGGAGGGGUAGCUAAGGAGAUUGACUACAUCCUCGUCUGUGCUCGUUGGAGGAUCCUUCAGAACUGCAGGGUUUUGCAGAGUACUGACUUCUUUGGAACUGAUCAUAGGCUUGUUGUUGUAACACUCAAGCUUCAUGUCAGGUCAAGGCGAAUCUCGAGACACAACAAUACUGUGUUCCAUCUCGAGAGGCUGAAGUGAGAGGGUGGAGCUCAAGAAACAAGUCAUCUGGUGGCAAUCACAGUCAUAACAACAAUCUCUUUCUUUACUCAAUAUCUGUGAACAAAGUCAGUGAAGUUGUGUAGGGCUAGAUUGUGCUUUUUUUGUACUGUUGUGCAAAGAUACAUGUAAUAUAUAUACUCUGUUCAAAUAUAAUGCCCAAGAUUAUACUUAACAA